CAAUUUUAACAUUAAACUUUUAUUUUGAUUUAUUUUGAAUGUUGCGAUUUUCUAUUUUGAAAACUUUCGACACGCGCUAGAUGGUGAUGUUUUGCUGAUGAACAACCUCUGACCGGUACUGAAGGCUCAUAAACAAAAUGGAGAUUGGAGAACUUCCAAAACAUUUCCUUAUUUCUCAUGAUCCUAGCGAAUGUUCUGAAACAAGUAAGAAGAAACUAGCAGUUGUCCCUAACAAGCAGAACGAAGGUGAUGUGGGUAUUUAUGGCCCAGCAUUACCACCAAGAAAUACUCGCAAGGAACUAAACAGUUUGAAUGAAGACGAGGAUAGCGGUGGAUUAUGUGGUCCAGCAGAAAGUACUCGUAAUAAUAAAGUAGAUGUUGUUACUGAACUGGACGAUGUAGACAAGGAUGGCGGUGGAUUAUAUGGUCCAGCAUUACCACCAGGUUUUAAACAAAAAUCAUCAGCCAUUAUCGGACCUUGCAGACCAGCCAAACCUCAAGGUUUACAUGAAGAUAAAACAGGUUAGAAUUAUGUAGGGAUAAUUCUUUGAGACAAGACAAAGAACAGAGUUAUUCACCAAAAAUUAAAAGGAACAAAGAAUUGUAUUAGACCAGCCAGUGUUUUCUUAUGUUGCCACAUGAUCACGUCAGUCUCAUUACUCAGUUUACUCUGAUAGUCUGAGAUAGACAUGCAGAAAUACAAUGAAUAAAUAUUGUUUUUUCUACAUAUCAAGAUUUUGUUGGCAUCUCACUCGAUUGAAUAAUUAUAGUUGGAGGGUUUUGUAGAUGGAAAUUAUCGAGUGGAAAUUCUAUAUAUAUUUAUUUAAUAGACCUAACCAGGAACAACUGCAAAAAAUGCAUCUUUUGGUCCCUGACAGGAAUGAAACCUGUGUGUAACCUGUGUAAUAAAUGUAUAAUAAAUAUAUAUAGAAUGAUUUCCAUCUGCAAAACCCUCCAACUAUUAUUCAAUCAAGUAAGAUGCCAGCAAAAUCUUGAUAUUUACCCAUACCUGAACAUGGCAGUACCCUAGUAUAUAUACAUGGACUUGUGGUUAGAGCUCGACAACCGGACUCUGUUGCUCAGUUGGUUAAAGGUCUUCCACGCAGCCGCCUAUUUUAUCAACAAAGCCACCUGCCCAGAAUAAUUCUGAAAGCCCUGCUGCAGGUUUGAUUCCUGCCAGAGACCUAUAGUUGCAUUUUUCACUUCUGUACCUGGCAAGGCCGGCAAGAGGGGAGGCAGGGGGUGGUGGUGGGUAGUACCCGGAGUGCUGAGAGAGGCGUGGAAAUCUCAGUAAAUGUUUGUAUUGUUUAUCAUCGCUUUAUGUUUAUCCUGAAUGAAAUACGCCAUUUGCACGCUAUCCGCUGAUCGUCGUGAUCAAUCAUAAAAUGUACCAAUUGUGAGACAAACGAUUUUUCGUUUGUUUUUUUUCUGCAAAAACAAUCACGUCUUUAACUCUUUAUCAGUUAUGAGAUGAAAUGAGGUAAAUAUUUACCUGUGUUGAACACAUUUAGUGAAUCCAUCUGCUGGUACAGUAACAUGCAUGCUGGCAAUUCCCUUGUUGAUUGUGAUUAAAAAAUAGACUUUGGUGUGGCCAUCAGCGUGAGAGUCAAGAGGGAUGGGGGGGGCGUGUUCACCAAUUUGUCCUGGGGCCUGUGGUUGGCUCUCGCUGACCUUGGUUCCUGGUUAGUUCUAAUAAAUGUAAUAAUUAGUUUGUAUUCUAUAAUUUCCAUCUACAAAACCAUUCAACAGGUAGAUCAGCUUUCAUGUAUGUUGAACUGGCAUUCAAACACCCUUAUGCAUCAUGCUGAUAAAUUCUACACCCAUACCCUUGUGGGACAUGGGGCAUAGCUAGGUGGGGAAUGAUUGGAAUUUAUGCCAAUCAUUGUGCCCCAAUUUUACCAACCUCAAAUAAUGUAUGUAAAUGCCUUUAUACACUGAAUCAUACUGUAUGCUCUAACAUCUAUAAGUGGUGAAAUUUUAACCUGGCGUUAAGUUGCAAAGUAUGCAUACCCUAAUGUGCCCUACAACUGUAUUAUUUUACCCUGUCUAACACCAGACAAAUUGUAAAAACCAAAAACUAGCUACAACAACCAAUACCAUGAAUGACUAUGGUAGGGUUUGGUCCAGAGUAGGGAGCAUUUCCAAUGAAGUGCAUUGGUGCAGCACAGUAGUAAAUCUAAUAGCUGGCUUCCUGAAGGCUCCAGUUCAGUGCACAUGCAGGGUGUUUAAACAAAAGAAUCUCAUUAAAAUCUCAUUUGAUGCAACUAAAAUCUGUUUGCUUGUAUUUUUGUAUUUGUCUUUCUCAAACUUCCACUUUGUAAAUCAAAAUUUAUUGAAGUUCACCAGCAUGUUCUUGUUCUAUGCAGGAAUCUUACAGUAAGCAAUAUAUUUACACUGUUCUAGCAACAUAUUUCCUCUAUAAAUUGUUUUUUUGUCAAGACAGGAAAAGCAGUUCUGACAGUGAAGAUGAUGAAGAUAGUCAUGCCAUUGGACCUAAGCUACCUUCACCGAAUGUAAUUAUAACAUGAUAGUUAUUCUUUCUAUUUAGUGCUACAUACUGUACGUCUCAUGGACAUAAAUAAAUUUGUUAUUUUUACGAGACUACAUGCAUCACACCUUCAUUAAUUUUGCUUUGUUUGUAGGAGGAAGAUGAAUACCUAAUGAGUCGUAAAGCAGAAAUAGAAUUUCGCGCUAGAGUUAAAAAAGACGAACUUUCUGAUAACAAGGUACAAAAUUGACAUUUGGUAUAUACAGUAUAAUAACGAUAGAAAAAAAAAGAGAUAGGGUCUCGCCCUAAGUUACAAAAGAUGAACUUUCUGAUAACAAUGAAUAAGAACACAGUACUGAUGUACUAUAUAUUUGAAGGGAAACGAUUACCCAAAGCAUUUUCUCAAUGAUUACCUGAAAGCAACUGUGUGUAAAGAACCAAAGUGAUAAGGAAGAACGGAAUCAACACUUACAUGUAUGCACUAGGUCACUACAGGGUGUAUAAAAAAAAAGGUAAUCGAACUUCAGCGCGCUAUUGUAUCUGAAUUACUCUGCGUAUGAACGAGAUUUUUUCACAUUCGGAAAGAUCAUGCUUUUAGCUGUUGAAUGAUAUCUUCUUCACGACAAAUGGAUAAAAAAUGAGCAAAUACGAAUACGAUAAAAAAUGCUAGUCAGAAUCGCAUAUUUUCACCGUUGAGAGUUGGGUCUAAAACCAUUGAAAAUGAACUCCCUUUGAUACUUAAGUUGAUGAAUUUCACUUCAUUAAACUACGCACAUAUUCAUAAUUAUUAUUAAGUAGGAAUAAAAUGAUUUUGUGCAAUAAAAAUAAUUAACUUCGAGAACGAAUGUGUGCGUGUUGUUUAUGCAUAGAUAUGAAUUAUAUAUUCAUAUUAGUUAUUGCAGGCUUACCGAGUUUAUUUAAGCCGGGGAGCUCACAAGUGUAGCUCAUUGCUUGCUGACUUUCACGUUCGCAACGUGCCCACCCACCCAAUCCCCUUUGUCCACACUUGUUUGUUUUUUUUCUUGGGGGGGGGGGGCGGGGGCUGCUGUUGCUAACCGAAUUGCUGGGCGUGUUGCCCGCUUAUGUUGCCUUUUUAUGGGCUGCUUACUUGCUCUGCUUUCAGUUUUUGCAAACCUGCGGAGUGCAACCCUAAGGUGUGGGUAGUAUCAGCGUUUCCUGGUCGCUGCUGACCAGAGGUGCCUGUAUCGUUAUUUGGUGUAUUGUUUUGAAUUUUUGGCCGACAUUCCAGACGCAUCCCUGGGUAUUUCAGUUUUUGCAAACCUCAGGUGUGGGUAGUCUCAGCGUUUCCUGGUCGCUGCUGACCAGAGGUGCCUGUAUCGUUAUUUGGUGUAUUGUCAUGUAUUGUUUUUUUGGCCGACAAUCCAGACGCAUCCCUCGGUAAUUAUUGUGUGCCGUCGCCUUAUUUGUUAUCGUAGUGUUAUAAUUUGUUGUUGUUGUUGUUGUUGUUGUUGUUGUUACGCCACGUGAGGGAGUGCACUGUCGUUUACGCCAAUUGUUGUCUUGUUUGAUAUUUUUCCGUUGUGUUUACCUGCCGCGCCCGCUCGCGGGCAUACCUCCAGCUAUUCUGGAUGAUUAUUCCUAUUGUUGCUCACAUUGGUUUUAACACUACCCUGUUUUUUUUUUGUAGUCGCGUACGCUGAGCUUUUCAUUCUUUUCAGCUUUUCUGGUAUUGUUCUUUAGCCUAGUCAGGGAGUAUUAUUUUUUGUUUGGUCUUGUAUAUUCUGUCCAUUGGGUAAGUCUUUGAGUGUGUGUUAUUAUGUGUGUGUUUUUGUAUUCCGGAUUCCACUUUGUGGGACAAUAGUUCUGUCUUUGGAGAGGUGAUUUCUCGGCAUCUUUGGGAUUUGCCAAGCCGGGAUAGUCGUUGGUCGGUAGUUUGAGUACCUACUCGACAGCCUAAUUGACUUGAGUUCGUGGUUACAGCCUUGCUAAACGUGGCAUGCAUCCUCUCCAACAGAGCUAUACCCUCCAAAGAACUGUCUUGCUUACUAAGAUCUGUCGUGCUUAGUGUACUAUUACAUUAGAUGUUCUUGCUAUUCGUUCAUUGAGUGAUCGCAUGUUAAUCUUAGCUAAGCUACGACACGUUCGUGAUUAAUUGCUUUUUCUUUUGUUAUGCAUUGUUUUAAUUAGACACAGAGGUGAAAAUAUGCGAUUUUGACUAACGUUUUUGAUCGGCCUCGUACAUGCUUAUUUUUUCUCCACUUGGUAUCAAAAGCAUGUCAUUCAGUAGCUAAAAGCCUGGUCUUUCCGAAUAUGAAAACCAAUUGUUCAUACGCCAAGUGAUUCACGUAUAAUAACGCGCCGAAGUUCGAUUACCUUUUUUUUUAUACGCCAUGUAUAAGCUGGCUGACAGAAGAACAAAAAAAGAACAAAUCAGAAAACUCAUGUUGUAUAUUUUAUACCAUGCGGUGAGAAACGUCAAAAGACUGUUUCAUGAAUGAAGGGAAAAUCAGCUUUAGCAGAACAUGUGUGUGACACAAAACACGCGUGGGAAAACUCUAGAGUCAUUACCACUAACAAUGGCCAAAGACGUUACCUAGAAGCAUGACAUAUAAAUAUGAGUAACCAUGUUUUGAAUAGUGAUGACGGUGCUCAUUUACCACAAGUAUAUGCCCACCUUGUUGGCAGUGACGUCAUCCCGUGUUUAUAUAAGAAGCCACGUUGCGACUUCAGAUCACCCCUGAUGAAGACACUGGGCUUGAGUGUUGAAACAUUGAGUCGUGAAUGCAAUUCAACUGGACUUUCCAUUCAUUUAUAAAAAAACGAAUGAAACAUGACUAAUAUUAUACCUGGUUGCUAUGAAUUCACAAACUUUAAAGGUAUAAGUUCUUUGUAGGUUUGCAUGGCGAUAGAUAAAACAUAUAUAAUACUUUUGUUUGUGGAAACACCACGUAAAUUUAUUACUGCAUAUUAGCAUUAUAUUGUUCUUUAAAGGUAUAAUCCAGUAUAAGACGAAAAAAAAACAGAUAGGGUCUCGCCCUAGAGUUACAAAUGAUGAACGUUCUAAUAACAAUGAACAAAUUGAAAAUAGGUAUAAUAUAAGACGAUAAAAAAACAGAGAUACUUGUAGUAAGGUCUCGCCCUAUAGAAAAGACGAGGUUUUUAAUAACAAUUAAGAUACAAACAGGAAACAUUGUCAUAUGAGACAUUAAAUAUCUGAUGAUUUGAUUUGAUUUAAUAAUUACUGACUUUGUGUUAAAUUACACCAGUAUUACAUAAAUUUAAGAGAAGUUAAAACCACAUAAUUAUUACAUAUUUAAGAGUAUUUGCAUUUCUAAAAACUUACUUAUUUACUGUUUAUCUUUAAAAUACUUUGAGGCAAAAACGAAUUCUUAAAACGUUCUGUCAGUUCUUCAAACAUAAUUAUAUGUUAUUUACAUAUAAAAUUGUUUGUGGUAAAAGAUCUUUGAGUUUUUCAUUGUCAAUUUUCUUCUCAAAGAAAUGUUCGCAUAAUUUUUCUCGGCGAUCCCUCGGCGACGUGAUGUUGGUCUUGAUCAGUGCUUCGUCAUACUUUUGUGAUCGAAGGAUGAUUCUCAAUGCACGUUUUUGAAUUUUUUCAAUAUCUUCACAUAAAUAUUGUUGGAUAUUAUGAUGCCAGACCUAGCACGCGUACUCCAAAACAGGUCUAAUCAUAGUAGUGUAUACAGUAAUCAAUGUGUCUAUACACGCGUUGGACCUUUUCAGCAGCCUUAGCAUCUAGCCUUUUGCUAGCUUUUUAACUAUGUUGUGUAUAUGUUUUUUCCACUUCAUGUUGUCUUGAACUGUGAGGCCAAGGAUACGGGCAGAUUUCACUCGUUCAAUAUUAACUUCAUCCACUGUUAAAGGAGGAAAGCAAUGCUUCUUUUUUGCAAAGUCAAUAACCAGCUCUUUGCAUUUUCCGAUGUUUAGUUUCAUAUUAUUACUCGUAGUCCAGUUAUCGAUUUAAUUAACCAGAUCUUGAAGAUUGCUAUUACAAUCUGGGCCAAUGGUUUCAGUAGUAGUAGUAUCGUCAACGUAUUUCCAUCGAUCCUUCCAAUCGGCGAGAAGAUCAUUUAUCAUGAUUAGGAAGAGGAUUGGGCCUAAAACAGUUCCCUGUAGGGACUCCACCGUUGAUGAUUUGCCAUUCUGACACACAAUGGAGCAUUCUGACCCGUUGGCUUCGUCGAGUAAAAAAAACUUCUUAUCCAGUUUGUUAUGAUUGAUGGAAUUUCCAUAUCGGAUAAUUUACUGAGGAGGAUGUUAUGAUCAAUAUGAUCAAAAGUUUUGGAGAAGUCCAAUAAAAAAAUUCUCGCAGCAUUUUUCGACACAUCAGUUUCGUUUAAUAGGUGAUGGACAAGGCUCAAUAAUGCAUGUGAUGUUGAGGAGUUUUUUGGAGAUCCAAAUUGACGUUUAUCAAUCUUCCCACUAAUCAACUCCAUCAGCCAGUCUGCGACAAAACGUUCACAAGCGAGAUGGGACGCAAGUCUCUAAUAAUGUCACUCGGCGCCUUAUUUUUAAGGACAGGGAUGACGUUGGCUUUUUUCCAUACUGUGGGAACAGACGCCUGUUGAAGGGAGGCGUUGAAAAUUGAAGUAACAGGAGGAGCCAACAGGCAUGCGCAUAAUCUUUUAGAACCCAAUUCGGUAUCUGACUCACGUACAUGCAAGGGUAGCCCAUUCCACAAUCUACAUAUUCUAAUAAAAUAACUAUUUUUAAAAGCUGCAGUCCUACUGAAAGGAACACUUAACGUUAGAUUGUCUAUACCUCUAAGAUUUCUUGUAUAAAUACGAAAAGAUACAUACUGCGAGAUAUCUAGUUCGCAUAUGCCCUUAAAACAUUUAUAGAAAAAAUGAGGUCUAGAAUCUCCCUCCUAUACACCAAGGGCAAAAGUUCAAUUUUCUUCAACCUUUCAUUAUAAUUUAGCUUUUUACCAACAAUAAAUCUUGUGGCUUUCCUUUGCACUUGUUCUAAAGCUCUUAUAUUUCUCUUAGUGUAAGGAGACCAAACUGGGCAAGCAUAUUCAAGCCGAGACCUAACCCAUGAUAAAUAUAAACUUUUCUUAACCUGAGUAUCACGUAUCUCCUUACAGGUACGAUACAAAAGGUUAAGCAUCCUAUGAGACUUCGAGGCAAUAAAAUCUAUAUGUUCAUUCCAGUUAAGAUUAUGAGAUAUAAGAAUUCCCAAAUCUUUCUAUUUAAUUUAAAAUUACCAAGAUAAUAAUCCCUUUCAAAUGGUACUUUCUUCCGUGUUAUUCUCAUAACUUUACACUUAGAGAAGUUAAAUUCCAUACCCCAGGUCUUAGUCCAAUCUAAACGUCUAUCCAGAUCAUUCUGCAAUGCAUUACCAUCGUCCUGCCCCCAAAUUACUCUAAAACACUUAGAGUCAUCUGCAAACAAUGGAAGGCUAGUUUCUCUAGAUAUGCAAUUUGGCAUAUCGUUGAUAUAUAUGAGAAACAACAGGGGUCCUAAAACGGACCCCUGUGGCACUCCCGAUGUGACUGGCAAAUAAUCAGAAACCUUACCAUUAAUCACAACUCUAUGCCGUCGACCCAGCAAAUACGAUCGAAACCAAUUUAGUAGAUUACCCCUUAUACCAAAAGAUUCAAGUUUAUACAGAAGUUUAUUAUGAAGCACUUUAUCGAAUGUUUUAGCAAAAUCUAAGUAGAUAACAUCUACUUGCUGCUUUUUUUCAAGUGCCUUGGCAUAUUCAUGAACUACUUGAAUGAGUUGAGAAACAGUGGAUCUACCUGGAAGAAACCCAUAUUGCCAUUUAUUGAUAUGUAACUUAACACUAUUAAACAGCUUAUCAUAGACCUGCUUUUCCAUCACCGUUUAGACAAGACAUCCAAAAGAGCAACCUCGUCCCCAGGGCCUUUGAGCUGAAGUCAGCUCAAAGGCCCUGGGGACGAGGUUGCCAAAAGAGAUAUUCCUCUAUAAUUAAGUACAACUGCCUGGAUGGAGGUUAUAGGCCACACAGACGAUCAAACAAGAGAAGCCUCGAUAAAGUUAAUGAGGUCUUAGAUAGAUCCAUAAAGUUUCAAAAUUGUCAUUAAAUUCUGUUAGAAUUUUGAACUCCACCGCCCAGCUUAUCAAUUCGGUCACGUCUUGCUAUUGAAUACCCGUCAAUUAUACAAACUGCUGCGUCGUCGAUUUUCUCAUUUAACCAUGUUUCGUUUAUGAAGUCAAACUCACAUCAUAUUGGUCAAGUAUAAUUUUCAAUUCGUCCAUUUUUGGUAAAAGCGAUCUUGUGUUUGAGAGGAGGAAAGUCAGUAAACUACUUUGGGCGCUCAAGUUUGGACUUGUUUGGUUAAUUAGGGAAAUACUGGUUAAGUUGUUUCUGUUAGCAAUUGUUUGUUGCCUAGGGCUCCUUAUAUUUUCAUGGAUCCUACAAAGGGGAGAAAUACGGUGUGCUCGGACCGAUUGGUUUGUAGUGGGUAGGUGUAUGUCGUUAAUGGUCGGUGUGCAGCUGCUGCGUGUUCUCAUCGUUUCAUUGAAGUCUGCCGAAAGGUUAGGGUCGGUCUGGAUCGAUAUUCUCGUUUCCGAAAAUAAUUUUUCAUUGAUGAUAAAACAGAGAUAGAAUAUCGUCGUUGAGUUAGAAAAGAUGACAAAAUACGAAGCGUAGGAAAAUGAAUCGUUAUACUGUAUUACAAGGCAAUGUGGCGAUACAUAAUUCAUAAAACAGGGAUAGAAUUGUCAUGCUAGAGUUGGAAAAGAUAAACUGUACAUGGUAUUAUAUACUAACAUGGUAUAUAUAGUAUCAAUACUAACAUGGUAUUUUAAAAUGUUCUGACUGCAACGUUCCUCAUCUCUGUAUAUUUAAACUAUACAUUACUGAUUACAGAUAGCUUAAUUUGCGUUGUGGCUAGUUGAAUACAUUCCAGAAUAGGCUAUAAAUAUUCGAGCGAGCCAUUUAACAGAUUUUUUAAUACUUUUAUUCCUUCGUCGGUUAUAACAAACUAUUUAAUUUAAAUUGUUAAUAGUCCGUAGUAUUUUAAACAUGUUAUUCGUUUUUCUUAUUAGUUAAUGCUUAAUUGUACAUUUCUAAUUUCGAUUUGUAAUCUUACAUGUUAUAAAUCAGCUCUCUGGCUGCGAUGUGUAUAUUUUUAACUAUAUCUAACUAACUAAAUAUGUUCCUCGCAUGCAUAUGAACCUUAAAAAUUAAAUAAAAUGUAUAGUCUAUUAUCAAAUUCCAGCAAAUCAUUGCAAUCAAUCUACAAAAAGAAGCAGAAUAUACAGUACGUUGAUGCCCGAUGGAGUAUAUAACCGAAAUAUAUAGACCGCUUUGCAUUGCCCAUCGUUGGAAAUGUUCUAAUGGCAUUUUGUCCUUUGAAAAUAAGCUUGCACGACAGACCUGGAAAUAAUUAUAGCCUUUCUUGGAUCCUAGGCCGGGGGGAAAUAUUUUCUUUGAAAACACUGUUAUCAAAUGUAGGCCGGGGGGCAUUUUCUUUGAAAACACUGUCAUAAAAUUUAGUUGGUUUAACAGCACUUACAUUUUGACCCUUACAGCUGUUAGGCAUUAACUGUGCUUCACAGCCUUCACUGUUAACAAAAUGUAUUCAAUUAAUCAAUAAAUUGGAUAUUGGAUAAUAUUAAUUAAUUAAUUCUAUAUUACUAAUGAUAGCAACUUAGGUCUUAGCUUAUCAAGUUAAAUUGUAAGAAAUGCAUCAUGUGAUAGCUUAUUACAGUUGUAGUUAUAACUUAUAAGCGUUUACUACCACCUAAUUUGACAUUUGCAAGUUGUGUGAUAAAGAAAUUUAUAUUUCAAGGAAUAUUUUUUAUGUAUACUCAAGUGAAAAUAACUUUCUUGACCGAUUUGUGCAUCAGGUGAUAUCAAUUAUAUCAGCGUUUUCAGUUCUAAGAAAAUUUCUUUAAACUUGGAAAUUUUUACCUUUUUGUUGAUUUUUAUGGAUAAUUUUUUAAAGAAAUUUCAAAACGUUCUGCCAAAGAAAAUUGAAAAUCCUUUCUAGCAAUCAAAACCUUUCUAGGAACGUCGUUCCCAGGAUCCACCACUAUUUCCAGGUAUGUUGCACGAAUACGCAUUACUGUAAAAUUAAUGAUAUGUUUAACAAUAAUACCUUUAGGAAAAAAGAAGCAAGAAGAUUGAACGAGAAGAAUGGAUGACAGAACUACCUCCUGAAUUAGGAAAAAACUUUGGUAUCUGUGUUUUUUUCAUACACUAUAUAGUGCAGCUACAGCUGUCUCGUCAUUUGAACAAAAAAACGAUCAUGCAUGGUUAUAUGUGUAUAAAAUAGCAGAUGUGCUUGUAUUGAAGAUCAAUUUUUCCAUUCGCGACCAGUGUUCACGACAUGCAUUUGAAUGGUGCACCAUAUAUGUUUUUGACAGGUCUUGGUCCGAGAACGUUUCGAAAUAAAGAAGUAAAUCUUGGUGACAGAUCAGUUUGGACAGACACGCCUUCGCAAAGAGAACACAAAAAGAAUGUAAGAAUGUAAUGUUUACUUUAAUUUACUUUUAUAAACAUUACAGUGACUGACGUUAUUUGCAUAUAAUAAGAUAUUUGUAUGUAUUUGUUAUCAAACGAAAUUAUAAGGAUUAACAAGAUCAAUGGUCUGCGAUAGAAGACCGCCUUUCGACCGCACACCCCUUGGAGUGUGUGUGUGUGUGGGCUGGUGUAAGACAUUCUGAGUCUACAAGAUCAAUCCAUUUCCAGCCGGCAAUUGAGGCCUUACGCAUAAAAUUUAAUAAUCCUUCACUAAACACUGCAUGAUCAAAGAUCUCAUUCUGUUUCCAUAGUACUUUUGCUGCCAUCCCUAACAAAAUUUAUCUUGUUGAUUGAUAAUGUCAUCGUUCCUGGAUCGUAUAUAUAAAUACCAGCUAACAUUGUCAUUAUCGUAGGUUUGAUAUCGUGUCUUCUUGUCAAAUCAAAUCUUGCACGCACUGCACAUGCACAAGAUGUUUAUACUUGGAAUUUGUUGAUGGAAAAUUCGAGUGUAAAUUUUGUACAUUUAUUAGACAUAUAUAUAAACCAGAAACUUCAAACAGUUGCGAAAAAUGCAACUAUAAGCUCUUUGACAGGAAUCGAACCUGCGGUCCUGCGAUUCCGAUGCAGUGCUCGAACCAACUGAGCAACAGAGGCCAGUUGUUGAGCUCGAACCAACUGAGCAACAGAGGCCAGUUGUUGAGCUCGAACCAACUGAGCAACAGAGGCCAGUUGUUGAGCUCUAUAACCACAAGUUCAUGUACUACAGUACAUAUGCUUAGGUGAUGCUGGUGUAUACAUUUGUAAAUAUCAGGAUUUUGCAUCUACAACACCCUUCUACAAUUAGUUAUAUCGAGUGUUGAUGCACAAAAUCCUUAUAUUUGGAGUGUCUUUUGUAUUGGUAUAACGUGAUUAAUGCUGUGCGAGUAAUAUACAUUUGCUGUUUGUUCCAAAAUCCAAAUGAUCUUGUUAAAUACAAGCGAAGCGAAUAAAUAGACCAUUCAUGGAUGCCUCAUUCAUAUAUGACUGAUUAUGACGUUAUGCUGCACGGUUCCAUUUCUUUAUUAAACAAAAUGGAGUAGUUUUUAAUGAAAGAGGGGGUGGGAGGGGGGGGGGGAUCUAUGAAAGAAGCUAUUCUGCAGUUUUUAAUAAGAUUUCUUUCCGAGUUCGUUCAAGAUGGUAAAAAGUUUCUCCCGUAUGCACUGUUUCUGUACUCAUUAAAAUUUCAUAUUUGAUAAACUAGACAUCGCAGUCCAAAUCACCUAAACGACGUGAAAAGUCAAAGAAAGAAGUUGAUAUGGAGAAAUAUGUCAGCGAACAUAACGUAAGUAUACAGACACAUUAUGAUGUGGUGUAA